GUGUCACUUCAAUAUUGGCUCAUACUUUUUCCAGACCAAAAACACUUUCCCCUCUGCCAAAGCCAAAAUGAUUCAAACAGCGAAAUGUGUGUCCUUUGGUUUUCAAGUCAGGAAAUCAUCAAAAUUACUACUUCCCAUUUCAGUUGCCGACCGUUACUUCCUUCUCUUUCACCCUUUUCCAUUCUUGCUCUCUCAUUAUCACUUCUACUACACACUGCGUUCUCUCAUUCAGACUCCUAACUCCAAAAACAAGACAAAACAGCAGAAGAAAAUGUACUCAAAGGUGAAAGUGAGGCCGGAACAAGAUGAAGAUGACAGUGGUCCAGUUCAAUUUUUAGAGUCUUUCUCCGGCCAAGAGAAGGAAAAUCAAUGGGAUUCUGAUUCUCCACCUAUAAUUGCCAGAGUCACCAAUGCUAAUUCAAUUUCAGCUUCAAAAGUGAUGAAUAACCAGUAGAACAAUGGUGAGGAGAGAAAGUUAAGUGGAAGAGCAGCUUCAGUUUCACGCCCUCAUGCAGUUUUGUUUGGUCCUCGUAAUCUGAAUUUCACUUGUUUUACCUGUUUCUUGUUAAUUAUCUAUGAUUGUUAGUGGAAUUGAGAUGAAUCUUCCACCUUGAUAAGAUAUGAACCAUAUUGAUCGGGAGCAUAGGCUUUGUUGAGUAAAAGAUUGACAUAGUAGUUCUAAAGGAAGUCACUUCUUCCAGCACUGAGAAUAUAAAUUGAGUCCUUGAUAAUGAAUGCAGAUCUGUUACUUCCAGCUAACUUUGCUCACUUUUUCUGGUACUCCUCGUAAUACUCCAAUUGCUGUGACAA